UUGAAGCCAUGGAGGUUGCAACCGCAGCUUCAAGCUUCGCACUCAACAAACCAAUGCUGGCGUUAUCGUCUUCAUCUCGAAUCACAAGCCCUAUCCGAGCCAUGAACUCUUCCUCCGCCUCCGUCAGGAAAUCUCUCUCCACCGACUUCGUCGCUCCUUUCGCCGGUAUCAGCAGCGCCUCUUCCCUAUUCUCUGGCCACAAGCUCCGACCUUCGUCUCUCAAUCCAGCGUCGUUUCGUUGUUCCAAAGGCAAAAGAGGCGUCGUUACUAUGGUUAUUCCUUUUUCGAGAGGAAGUGCAUGGGAACAACCUCCGCCGGACUUAGCUUCUUACUUGUACAAAAAUCGAAUUGUUUAUUUGGGCAUGUCUCUUGUUCCAUCUGUCACGGAGUUGAUACUAGCUGAAUUUCUUUAUCUUCAAUAUGAAGAUGAUCAAAAGCCUAUUUACCUAUACGUAAACUCCACUGGAACAACUAAGGGAGGUGAGAAGUUGGGUUAUGAGACUGAAGCAUUUGCAAUUUAUGAUGUGAUGAGGUAUGUCAAGCCUCCUAUUUUUACGCUGUGUGUUGGUAAUGCUUGGGGAGAAGCAGCCUUACUUUUGGCUGCUGGUGCAAAGGGAAACCGUUCUGCUUUGCCAUCAUCAACAAUAAUGAUAAGACAGCCAAUUGCAAGGUUUCAAGGUCAAGCAACAGAUGUUAACCUCGCAAGAAGAGAAGUCAAUAAUGUGAAAACAGAAUUGGUUAAUUUAUAUGCAAAGCAUAUUGAAAAAUCACCUGAGCAGAUUGAAGCUGAUAUUCAGCGCCCAAAGUAUUUUAGUCCUAGUGAAGCUGUUGAGUAUGGAAUCAUAGAUAAGGUAUUAUACAAUGCGAGGAGCACUGAGGAUCAUGGAGUUGUUUCUGACCUUAAAAAGGCACAACUUAUUUGACUGUUGGAGAUUUCAAUCGCAAUUUUCUUGGAGUUUUCAGAAAAUUGUGUGGAAAUGUAGAUAAGCUGAAAUGGAGAAUCUAGAAGACCAGCAGCCCAAGCAUACCACCCUGCCAAGUUCUGGUCUAAGCAAAUAGUAGGCAUUGGAGUCUCAAUGUUAAAUACCAUAGAUUGUACUUCCCUCCCCCCAACAGAACGCAGUGGGAUCUAUCUCUGCGUGUUUUAUAAUACGCUGUACGCAUGAUUGGUUUCUGGUUAAUUCUAAUUCUAAAUUUUGUAAUUUUGUGUCA